ACAGAGGAUUAUGUUUGUGCAAUUGAAACUUGACAAAUGACUUCCCUCCAUCCCCUUCAAAAAAAAAAAAAAUACCCCCCAAAAACAUUGCAGAAAUGCUGCCAAUCCGCCUUUAUGUCUGAGCAGCAAUUGUUGUUUUAGUUUAAAUCUGAGAUGAAGAACACACAGAUGCACAGGACAGGGAACAUCGAGAAAAAGAAAGAGAAAUGGAGCUCAAAACCGGGCAGAAAGGGCAAAAAGGCCAAAACGGAUAGAAUGACGAAUAAGCAUUUGGGAAACCAGACAAGUGCAGCAUUGCAGAUGGACGAUGGAGUGGAAGCAGCAUUAAAAGACAACACAAAUCAACAAUGCGGCUGGUUUUCACGCAAUCUGCUCCUUGCCCUCACCGUGCUAGGUGUUAUAGCGGGCACAGUGCUGGGCAUGAUGCUGCGUUAUGUUCCUGAUCUGGACACAGACACUCUCACGCUGGUUUCCUUUCCGGGAGACAUCCUAAUGAGAAUGCUGAAGAUGCUCAUCCUGCCCCUCAUCAUCUCCAGUCUCAUCACAGGCCUGGCCGGUCUGGAUGCUCGCUCCAGUGGAAGAAUGGGCUCCAGAGCAAUGGUGUACUACAUGUCCACCACAGUAAUCGCUGCUGUUCUAGGGGUCAUCCUGGUGCUUGGAAUACACCCUGGGAACCCAAAACUCAGGUCCAGUCAGUCCAGCUCCGCCCCCAAGAACCAAGAAGUCAGCAGUAUGGAUGCCUUUCUGGAUCUGAUCCGAAACCUUUUCCCAGAGAACCUGGUCCAGGCCUGUUUUCAACAGGUUCAGACAGUGAUGAAAAAAGUAUCGGUCCCAGUCCAGAACCAAACAGAACCGAUCCUUGUCAAUAGGAAAACACUGGAACACAAGUGGGGAAUGAAUGUUUUAGGUUUGAUUGGGUUCUUCAUCACCUUUGGGAUCUGCAUGGGGAAAAUGGGAGAGAGGGGGAAGCUCAUGUGCGAUUUCUUCAACAUCCUUAAUGAGAUCAUCAUGAAGAUGGUGUCCAUGAUCAUGUGGUACUCUCCAGUAGGCAUUGCCUCCCUCAUCUGUGGGAAAAUUGCUGCUAUCGGUGACUUGGAAGUGGUGGCGAGGCAGCUAGGCAUGUACAUGGUCACGGUCAUAGUCGGUCUCAUUAUUCAUGGCGCGCUCAUCCUGCCAGUCAUAUUCUUCGCAGUGACUCGGAAAAACCCCUUCACAUUUUACUCUGGUAUCUUCCAGGCGUGGAUCACUGCUCUGGGAACGGCCAGCAGUGCUGGGACAUUGCCAGUGACGUUUCGUUGUCUGGAAGAGAAUCUAAAGAUUGACAAGCGUGUGACACGCUUUGUGCUGCCCAUUGGAGCCACCAUAAACAUGGAUGGCACUGCACUCUAUGAGGCUGUAGCAGCCAUUUUCAUUGCCCAGAUGAAUGACAUUUCUCUAGAUGGAGGACAGAUUGUUACUGUUAGUAUGACAGCGACUUUGGCCAGUGUGGGAGCCGCCAGUAUUCCCAGUGCGGGUCUGGUCACCAUGUUGCUAAUCCUGACCGCUGUGGGCCUUCCAACUCAAGACAUCAGCCUGCUCGUCGCUGUCGAUUGGCUACUCGACAGAAUGCGCACCUCCAUUAACGUCGUGGGUGACUCUUUCGGGGCAGGCAUUGUGGACCACCUAUCACGGGCAGAGCUUGCCGUGAUCGACGGGGACAUCCCUCUCUCAGACGAGGAGUUUGUCCCCCCUCCACCUCUCCUCACUGAAAUAGACCUCAUAGACCCUCUCAAACCACCCGAACUGCCCCCUCGCUCCCCGCGCCCCCCAAAGCUCAACCAUCACGCCCCGUCUCUGACCCCUUCACUGUCUCAAUCGCACUCUAUCCCACACUCGCCCCGUUCCGUCCGCUCCCCGUCACCACACUCCAUUCGUUCGCCCUCCCCUCGCUCCGUGUGCUCUCACUCCCCGAGGCCUUUCCGAACGCAUUCCCCUCGUCUUUUAUGCAGGACGGAGCCUGGAUACUGCGCCCUGCCCACUCACGACAACCAGAUUACCACUCUUCCCAGAGGUUUUCGAGAGAGGAGCAGAAAUCGGGAAAGAGACAGAGAAAGAGAAAGAGAGAGACUGCAGGAACGGGAUAAAGGGAGCGAGACUGAGGAGGAUGAGGAGAAAGAAAGAAUGAUGGACGAGGUGAGCGACGGAGAAGAAAGCGACGACACAGCGUAUGACAGACGCCACACCAUCCCACCUUGUGACCUGCCCUGAACGAAACAGACGAAGUUCUACCACAUUUUCACAAUACUUCUUCUGUAUUUCAGAACCCACCUUUCUGGAUGAAAGCUGGCAUUUUUUUGUUGUUUGGCAAAGACGUUGAGUACCUAUGUGUGUCGUGAUUUGAGAAACUUGACAUAAGUGAAUGGAGUGUUCACUGGGCUUCACUAUGACUCUUAGUUUCAGCUUUACAGUCUAGCAACAGCAGCUGUUCGUAACUUACAGCUAAUUUGCUUUUACAGGAUUUCAGUAAUAAACCGGAUGAAUGGCUUUGAGCAUUUAUUGCACAUGCUCUGCCAGUCUUGAUUUAAUUUCUUCUUUGACUUCCCUAUCAUAUAAUUUAUCUAGGCUACUGGGGCAAUGGUUAUAACACUGGAUGUCACUGCACUACACUGUUAAACUCAGACUUAUUCAGUAGUUCAGGGGAAAGACAGCCUUGACUCAUUUGAGUUGCCUUAGUUUACUUUUAUAGUCGAAAUUUACUUUGUUCAGUUGCCAGUGCAACAUUAACAAGCAGUUCAAAUGAGUCCAAGCAGUUGGUUCCUAUAAACAGUCCAAAGUUUUUCCAAAUCUUCCGUUUUAUGUUUUCUUUCGAAGGUGGCAAGGAUGUCCCAAGCAGCUGUGAGUAACAUGAGGUAGUUUCUUCCCGUACCCCUCAUGUUCUUUCCACAUCUGCAUGUCUUAAAAAUGUGAAUCAUACACCAAAAACAUCAUUUGGAUGAACAGAUUUACCAAUACACUGUUUAUAUUAGUGAGUGUGACAUCAGGCUUAAGUGUUACUAGGACAAGUGCAGUUACACAAACCUGGCGUAAUACUUUUAUACUGUUGGGCCUCGCACAGCUUGUCCACUCUCAUACUGUGUGAACGUCAGUGUAGUUCUUACUCACAUCCAGUUAUAAAAAUAAAAAAAAUGAAAUAUUUUUUUUUAUCAAAUAUAUUUUACAUACUUUAGAACAUAUAGCCAGAUAAUUGCAAUACUUUCUUUUAAAUAAAGAUUAUUGAAUUAUUAAAUUGUAAAUGAUUGUAAAAUUACACAUUAUAAAUUAUUAUAGUAUUAAAUUAUAAUUGCUAAAUAGUCAGAGGUCAGUCAUUUUUAAUUUGUAUAAAUUGAUACUUUAUUCAGCAUUGAUGCAUUAGAUUGAUCAAAAGUCAAGUCAAGCCAGCUUUAUUUGUAUAGCACUUUAUACAAUAAUGGUUGCAUCAAAGCAGCUUUACGGUGUUAAGCUGGAAAAUAGUUGGUCAGUAAUGCAGGAAGACAAUAACAAAGAGUCAUUUUCAUCUGAAGUUCAGCUCUCUUUGACUCUAAAGACAUUCAGCAUGUUACAAACAUUUCUGUGACAUAAUAAGUGGUGUUCUUUUGAACUUUCUAUUCACCGGAGAAUCCUGAAAUUGCAUUUGACUUAUUAUACGUAUUAUGUUUCCACAAAAGUAUUAAACUGCACAACCCUUUUAAACAUAUAAAAAACAUAUAAUAAUAAUAAUCAAGUUUCUUAAAGCAGAAAAUCAGGAUAUUUGAAUGAUUUCUGAAGAAUGGAGUAAUGAUGCUGUUGUAAAAAUGUAAUAAUAUUUCCCAAUAUUAGUGUUUUUAAUGUAUCUUUGAUUAAAUAAUUACAGCCUUGGUGUGCAUUAGAGACUUCUUACCGACCCCUAACGUUUGAAUGGUAGUGUAAUACGAUAAAACAGAAAAGAUUGAUAGCUUAAUAGUGUCUCCUUUGAAAUAAAAUAAAGAGCAAACAGAGACUUAAAUAGCUGAAGUCAGGAAAAAGAAGAGCCAAAUUUAUUGUAAAGAGUUUCGGAACACAUCCUACAAUGUCUCAAAUUGUGCUCAGAUUUGCCAUCUUAGAUUUCAGUAUGAAUUCUCAAAUUCCUCAUCAAAUCCUUCCCCAAUUGUAAGCAAUGGAUAUUAUGGCUCUGUAAUCUUACUGCACAUCAUUUGUUUGGGUUAGUAUUGCUGAGACAGUUCUAAAAACUCUCUCUUAAACUAUAAAAAUAACAAAAUUUUCCUUCCUUUACCAUUCUAGAAUUAUUUCGAUGUUAAUAUUGUUGUCAUUUGCUAUUAUGGAGUUAUUAUUGUCUAGUGUUGCACUUGAACUAGUAAAAAUUAGCGUGUGUUUUGUCUGACUUAUGUAUUCAUGUCUGAAAGACUUCAUUUCCCAUGAAUUCUGCUGCUGUCUGUGGGGUGGAUAAUAAAAUCUUAACGAUUUAUUUGA